AACAUCAUCCAGUUUCAGUAGUAGGGUAAAGUUAUUAAAAGCAUGAAUAUCUAGAGGAGCGACAUAUCGAAUAUCGCUACAGUGCAGUGAAAGACGUGUCGGUAUCUACUACCGUUGUUGCAUUUUUGUUCGGCUUAUAGUGGAAAGAGUAUCAGUGGCAAAUAUUGAGACUGAAAGUGUGAAGAUCCUGGAACAUGGAUACGAUCAAUGAAGAUUGGAAUGAAAGUGCGAUGAAUAAAGGGUUGAAUAAGACGAAUACUCUGGAGGAAUUCUACGCCGGUAGUGGGAUUCUUAUGACUGGAGCAACCGGUUUUGUAGGAAUAGCUCUUCUGGAAAAACUGAUGCGCGUGUGUCCACGAAUCGCUGCCAUUUAUAUUAUAAUUCGUCCAAAAAAGAACGAAACGACAGAACAACGAUUUAAGAAGCUCAUGAAUGAUCCCAUUUACGAUGGCAUUAAAGCAAACAACUCCUCGCUUUUCAACAGAGUUCAUCCUGUGAAAGGUGACGUAAGUCUGUCGGAUUUAGGUCUUUCCCGAGAAGAUAGAAAUCUGUUGCUACAGAAAGUAAACAUAGUGUUUCACGUCGCGGCCACUAUCAGAUUCAGCGAGCCGUUGCACGUGGCUGUUAAUGUGAAUACGAAAGGUACUGCUCGUGUCAUCGAACUUUGGAACGAACUGAGGCAUCCAAUUAGCUUCGUCUAUGUCAGCACAGCUUUUAGUAAUGCGAAUCUACCUGAGAUUGGAGAAAAGAUUUAUACCACGAGCUUGAAACCUUCAGAGGUGAUCGAUAUGUGUGACAAAUUCGACAAAACGUCGAUGGACCAAAUAGAAAAAGGGAUUUUAAAAACUUAUCCAAACACAUACACAUUCAGUAAGAAUUUAGCAGAGCAGAUUGUAGCAAGCAAGAGUAAACACCUGGCAGUUGCGAUAGUACGACCAAGCAUAAUUGGCGCCUCUUUGGAAGAACCAUGUCCUGGUUGGAUACAGAAUAUUUCUGGAAUUACAGGUACCUUUCUGCUAAUCGGCAAAGGGUGUGCAACAGCGAUACGAGGUAGGAGAGAUGCAAGAUUGGAUGUUGUGCCUGUCGAUUUCGUAGUGGACACGAUAAUAUGUACUGCAUGGCAUGUCACGCUACAUCGUGAUCGUGAAGUUAAAGUAUACAACUGCACGAGUAACGCAUGCCCUUUUAAAUGGGGUCAGAUGAAGGAUACCAUGGUGAAAUGUAGCAUAGAAACGCCACUAAAGGAUACGCUGUGGUACCCGGGUUGUCCAAUGAUAGCUAAUAGAUAUAUUUACAACGUUCGGAGUGUAAUUCCGCAUGUUUUGCCUGCGUUCGUCAUAGAUAUAUUUUUAAGAUUUCGAGGUGGUAAGCCAAUAAUGAUGAAACUUCUCAAAAAUGGCAAUAAGCUAUUCACAUCGCUACAAUAUUUCAUCUUGCACGAAUGGACUUUCCAAAGAGAUAACUGUUGCGAUUUAGCGAGAAAAGUAAAAAUGUUGAACGACAGCGAUAUGGUCAAAUUAGAUUUACGGGAUAUGAAUUGGGAGAAGUAUGUCGCGUUUUACCAGAUAGGAAUUAAGAAAUUUAUUCUGAAGGAAGACUUCAACUCAAUAGCCCGACAACGAUUAUCGAGGUUGUUCUGGAUACAUCAGGGCACCAAAAUAUCCGGUAUAAUAAUUUUGCUCUGGAUAAUAUUAUGUUUUGUGUACUGACUAUUUGAACGUUACCUUUUUCUCCUUUAAGUAAAAACAAUACAAUUUUACGAAGAUGGGGCUUACAA